AUGCCCAAGAAGCGGGGAGGCGAUGACGUCGUGCGGAGCGACGACGCGGUCGCCGAACAGGCGCGCUCGUUCGACACGCCGGGAACCCCGUGGUACGCCGUAAAGCACGGCACCCUCGAGGACCUCAUGGACAUCUGGCCGGCGACGCGCUGCGCGCGCCCUCAUCACGCGGGCGUGACCGCGGACGACCCGUGCGAGCUCUGCGGGUGUCGCGCCGACGUGUUCGACACCGGCGCGGUGGGCGAGAACAUCCUCCACAUCUGCGUACUCUUCCACACCACGGAGACGCUGCGGAUGGCUCGAUACCUCGUCCUCAAGUUCGGCGCUGCGCUCGUCAACGCGCCGUACCAGCAGCGGCGGCGCGUCACCGACCCGCCCGGACUCUACGAGGGGGAAACCGCGCUCCACAUCGCCAUCGUUCACCGCGAUGCGGAGCUCGUCUCCUUCCUGUUAAACCACGGCGCGCGCCUGGACGUUCACGCGAUCGGCACAUUUUUCGCACCCGGUCGCGUCUACUUCGGCGAGACGCCGCUCGCGUUCGCCGCGUCCACCGGAGCGACGGAGCUGGUGGAUAUCCUGCUGAAGCACGCGUUUGAUCGCGGGGGUAAGAAGCUCCGCGACGCCGUCCUCAACGACGCGGACGCGCUGGGCAACACCGCCGCGCACAUGGCCGUCGUCAACAAUCGCCUCGACUGCUACGAUCACCUCGUCGACCAGUGCGGUGCGAGCGAAAGCGUCGAGAACAACGCGGGUCUGACGCCGUUCCUCAUCGCCGCCCGGGACGGCAACGCGCACGCGUUUAACCGCGUCCUGCGCCGCAAGUUCGCCGCGGUCUGGCGGUUCGGACCGGUCACGAGUUACAACCUGAACCUGACGGGCAUCGACACCGUCGGGGCGAGAGCGUCGGACAGACCCGAAAACGCCGUCGACGUUCUGGUUCGUUCGCACCGCAUCGAGCUGCUGUCGCACCCGGUGCUCGUCGCGGUGCUGGACCUGAAGUGGCGGAGGUUCGCCAAGGCGGCGUUCCUGAGGCACCUGGCGUGUUACGCCGCGUUUCUCGCUUUGUUCGCCUGGCUCGUCGCGGAACACGUGGGCAGACGCGAGCGAAGCGAGUGGAGGAGCGGUCGAAGGAUCGCGGCGGAGUGGUGCUGCUUCGCCGGCGUCGCCGCGAUGUCGUACCUGCACGUCCGAGACCUGCGCUUCUACGCGAGGAAGUACUACAGGAGCCUGACGGUGCGCAACGGAAAGUCUAGCGACGUGCCGACGUACAGCCUCCCCGGACGCGGCGUCGACGGCCGAUGUAACCCGCGGCAGAGACCGGUGCAGGUCCGGUGGGUCGGGAGGGGGACGAGGAUCGGACGGGAUUGGACGCAGGGGCGCGGUGGGCCCGUCCCCGAGCCGUCCGAUUCGACCGUCGUCGCGACGGUAUCCACGACGUCGAUCGACGAGGAGGCUGACUUUGCCGCGACUGACGCCGACACGAAGACACCCCCCGGGUCGCCUCCUCCGAACAGUUCUAAAACCCUUCGAAAGCAGGACUCCACGCGUUCGAUUGGCAGGUUCCGCGCGUUCGACGCGGGCCAGGGCGGCACGGGUGCCGAGUCCGGGGAUUCGGCGCGAAGGAAGGCCAGGAGGCGCGGCGGCUUCUUCGGGCGAAUGCUCAGCGGCUCCGGCGGUAUCGUUCAUUCCCGCAGUUCCAAUCAUUUUCUGUUCGAUUCGCUCGGGUCCACCGGCUGCGGCGGCGGCGGCGACGACGACGGGUUCGCGUUCGGCGGCGUCGUCGACGUGCGCUCCGCGAUCGCGCGAGGACGGUGGAGGCUGCUCCGCGAGCGGUGGAUGGAGCGAAACUGGCCGGGCGUCGCGCGGAAAAGGCUCGGGCUCUCGCACUCGCUCUCGCGCGCCGACGACUUUGACGACCGGGUGGUGGUCUUGUUGCGGGUCAACGUGCUUGGCGCGCGGGGUUUGCCCGCGGCCGAUGCGAACGGCGCGUCCGAUCCGUACUGCGUCGUGCACGCCGCGCCCGGGGUCAUCGCCAGGACGCAGCCGGUCAUGGAAACCCUGGAGCCGCUGUGGCACAGGUCAUUUUCUUUCACCGCGCCUCCCGGGCUGCGAAGGUCGGGGAACUGCGUGUUCCUGUCCGUCAUCGACUACGACGGGUACGACGAGGCGGACGAGGACGGCGACGAUCGCCUCGGAUUCGCCGCCGUCCCGCACCACGACGUUCAGUACGUCGGGUCGGGCAUCGCGGCUCCGGGACCGACGUGGCUGGACCUGAUGCCGACGCGAAGGGAAGCGGAAUCCCGAGCGCUCGAGCACUCGCGACGGUCGCGGGCGGCGGAGAGCGCGGCCGUUGCCGAGGGUACGCCGUCGUCGUCGCCGUCGUCGCGGCCGGUGGGGCAGAUCCUCGCGGAGGUGUACUACGAGGUGGUGAACAAGUCGAAGGGCGGGGUCCACACGGACUUUUACCCCCGCGACGAAGCCGCGAUUGACGGCAACAACCAGCGGCGACUUGUCGGACCGCAGCCGCCCCUGCGCAAGCGCCUCGGCGCGCUCGGAUACGAGGUCGUCGGCGGGGACGCGCGCGCCGUUCUGACUGGCAAAACGUCCGACAAAAACGUCGCGGAUGGCUUCCCUUUUGGCGAGGACGGAGACGGCGACGGGUUUGGAUCGGAUUCCGGCGAGGAGGGGGAGGGGGAGGCGGAGACGACCGUGGCCGAGGCUGUCGCGGAGGUGCGCAGGGCCAUCAAAAACUCCAAGCGCGGCGCGAGACACGCGUUCCUCGCGAUCAAGUGCUGGAUCACGAGCGUUUUCGUCCCGCAGCCGCUCAUGUGGCUCAACCUCGCGCACCUGAUUUUGCACGCCUUCCAUUUCGUCGACUGGAACUUGUCCGAGGCGCCGAGCGCUAGGGACGACGUGGUGUUCUCGCUCGCCGCGCUCGCGGCGUGGGGAUUCUUCAUGUACUUCGUGGCGACCAGUCGCCGCGUGGGCUUCUUCGUCGUCAUCGUGGCGCGAUGCAUCAAGGACGUCGUCAAGUUCUCGGCGCUGUGGAUCAUCGCGAUGCUCGCGUUCUCGCAGGCGUUUUACAUCUUGGGCGCCGGUUGGCUCGGCGACCCGGCGCUGAAACCCGCGAGCUUCGGCGCCGUCGCGUGGAAACUGUUCGCGGUGGCGACCGCCGCGGAGGGUUUCUUCGACGACGUGAUGCCCGACACCGAUGUUUCGAGCGGCGGAGUGGAGUUUACGUACACGGCUCUCGUCGUGGCGUACCAGGUUUUAAUGUCGGUGCUGAUGCUGAACGUCAUCAUCGCCAUGUUCAACCAGACGUUUUCGCGCGUGAGCGACAGGUCGCGGGACGAGUGGACGCUGCAGUGGGCGCUCAAGGUGCUGCUGGCGGAAGCGAGGCUCGAACCCGUCGAGCGGUUCCGGCACAGGCUGGGCGCGGAGGUGGACGGACCGGGAUCGGAGCGGGCGCAGAACUUUGAGAUUAACUUUGCGGAGGGGAUGCAGGAGAAGGGGAGCGUCGAGGCUGCGAUUCGCGAGCUGCUCAGCGAAGAUCCCAAACGAUGA